GUUGCGCUCCCGUUGUUAUGGUGCAUGACGGGAAUCUUGCCGUGUCCAGGCGUGUGAUCGUGACAUCAAAGCGUUGCAGGAAAAUUCUUCAGCUAGAACAAUGGAAGUGAGGAACAGCAAAGUUGAGGAACCAGACCUUGCAUCAGAAAAGCGUCUUCAAACCUUCCUCUCGAACCAACAACUGCCUCAAAAACACCAAGCAGAGCAGGAAGAAAACCAUGUUUUGUGUCUUAAGUCACUGGACCUUACAUCCUUACCGGAGUCUGUCUUAGACCUGACACAUGUUGAGCAGCUUGUGUUAGACCAUAACAGUCUUACCUCUGUACCUGAUCAGUUAUGCAACACUCUGACUCACCUGCGCAUUCUCUCUGUCAUGGGGAACGACCUUGAGGAACUCCCCACAUUGUUUGGAAACUUGACCUUCCUGAGGGAGCUCCAUGCCAGUGAAAACUGUCUCCAAGAACUUCCAGAUUCCUUCUCAAAGCUUAAGGAGUUGAGAAGACUUGACCUUACAGGGAAUGAGUUGAGGAUGUUGCCCUGCGACUUUGGUUGUUUGUCACACUUGGAAACCUUCAUGGUGGAUGAGAAUCACCUGAAGGCAUUGCCCAAGACGUUUGGGUCCUUAAGAAGACUUGAGACAUUUGACGCUUCCAACAAUAAGCUAGAAACCUUGCCAGAGACAUUCGGAGGACUGUCUAGUCUUAAAGUCUUGAACCUCAGCUCCAACAAACUGUCUUGCCUCCCAGGAAGUUUUGGAGAUCUUCCCAGACUUCAGGAGGUAGAACUGUCUGGGAAUUCCUUGAGCUUAUUAACCAAAGACUUGAAGUCGUCCCACUGCUUAAGGAAGCUCUAUGUCGACAAUAAUGUGCUGAAGGAGUUACCUUCUUGGGUCAGUGUUCUGUCAUCAAUACAAGAACUGUCAUUGAGAGACAACAAGCUGAUGAACCAGCCGCUCCCCGAGUGCUUUCCUGCGUGCAGCGGCGGGACAUUACGGGUUCUGGAUCUGAGUGGGAACUUCAUCACGACUCUACCGUGCUCCCUGGGUCAGCUGGAGAGACUGGAGAGCCUCCAUCUGGGCAGCGCCAUCGGAGAACUGGAGCGGAGACACUUCCAGAACGUCAUAUCUGCAGGUGAUUUCUUAAACCCCACAGGAAACUGGCUCUGUGUCCUUCCUGAGAACUUCGGCAGCCUCAGACACCUGAAGACGCUCCAUCUCGAUGAGAACCAACUCACACACCUUCCAGAAAGUUUUGGCAGCCUGAAGUGCCUUGAGUUCCUUGACGUGGGACAGAACUGGCUCAAGGAGCUCCCCGAUUCCUUCUGUGACCUCAACAACCUACAGUUCUGUCAGCUGUCCAAAAACCACCUGCAGCUGUUGCCUAUCAACUUUGGGCGCCUGUCCUCCCUGGUUGACCUCCGCCUGGACAACAACAUGCUUGGGGAGCUCCCAGAAUCCUUUGCAGCGCUGGGUCAGCUGAGGACGUUGGAUCUGUUCUGUAACGAGCUGAGGGAGGUUCCUGGAGCGCUGAAGUACCUGACAAACAUCAGACGACUCGAUAUGGACAAGAACAAGUUUGACCUACCCCCAGAACUAGUGCCCAAUGUCAUCUACAAACCCACAUACGCUGCCAGGGACCCUCGUCUUAAAGACACCUGGAGGGGAAGGAACAGGGCCGACCGCAACAAGGUCGAGGUCCUCAAGCUGGAUCCUCUGCCCAGUGAGGAAGAAGAGGAAGAAGAGAAGGAGGAGCCAAUCCUGUGGAACGACAGCAUCCUGCGGCAGGCCAUGAAGAAGAGCAUGUCACUGUGGAGGUCUCACACCAGCGAGGACGGGUCUCACGCCAGGGUGGAGAGGUCUCACACCAGGGUGGAGGGGUCUCAUAACAGUGUUGAGGAUUUGCCCAGGGCCUUCAACAGCCAGUUUUCAGAAGAAGAGGCCAGCGCAGGGGAAAGCACAGGUACAACCACACCAGAGUCUCCAGUGUCCCCCACAUUCCCAUCAGCCACCACUUCUUUUGUCCCUGAGACAGAAAACUGGGAAGAUGAAAUUGAGGACGUCUGUCCAUGGGACACGCCGGUGUUCUACAGGCACCCUUCGCGCCGGGACAAGGUCGUGUCUGGGAUGCAGUUUGUGCCCUGCAAGGAUCACGUGGAGCCGGUCGUUAGGGUACGCUUCCUGUACGAGGUGGAGGACGGGCAGUUCGAGGACGCAGACGAAGAUGUGGAGUCAUUGUCGUAAACCCACUUGAAGUCAUCAUAAACCCACGUGGAGUCAUCGUAGACCCACGUGGAGUCAAAGUAACUAUAUAACAUGCUGGGUCAAAAGUGGCCUUUCACACCACCAACUUUUCAAAACGGAGCUAGCCAAAGCCAAAUUGCACUCACUACUAAAGAAAAAAUUGUCUUUUAUCAGCAGAAAGUAGUUGUACUAGAUUGAGGAUGGGAGUUCAAUAGUGUACUCCCAAGAGGAGUUACUGGUGAAACUCCAAAGGACACAUGUGUGCAUCCAUAAGGAAAAGAUGAUCAUAUGUCACUCAGAACUCACUUCUUAAUAGUCAGAGCAGAGUUCACACCAAAGUACAAAUACUUACUAGAUAAGGGCAAGAUAGUUUAAACUAUAGAGUGAACUAUUUUGUGUAUCAGAACUGAUAGCCUAUUUUCAUACAUUUCUUUCCAUCUUGUGAGAGUGUGAAGACAAGAGCGUGUGCAAACCUUUAGUUUCUUGUAAGAAGACAGAGUACACAUUAAAGAAUCUUCCAGGUUUCUUUAAACAAUCUUGAGAAGGUUUUAAUCCUUUAUAUCACACACUUAUAAUUCUGCCUCAAGCCUUCAAUCAUAUCAUCAUCUCAAAGUGUUCUUGUGGGUUGAAGCAAUGCUUGAUAUCUUCGUCAUCAUAGUGUCUUAAAGAUCUGUACAGAUCAUCUUCACAAAGUUUGAUACAAACUUUCUGUGCUAUUCUACUGGUAAUUGUCCCUGUUCAUUUCAGCGAUGAAAGUUUCCAUCCAUAUUG